AAACCGGAAACGUGCUCCGUCUUCUUUCUCAAACGUAUUACGUCACUGAGUUCUGGUGAUGGCGGUCGAUUUGACUCCUCGUUUCAGAAGGUUGAACAGCCAAACGAGAAGUUUUCGUGAAAAUAUACAGCAUGGUUUCUCGGGGCCUUUCGGGGCCACCCAGUUGUGGCACAACAUCAUCCAGGCCCUGCAGACUCAGGUGGAGGUGCGCCGCUGUAGAAGGCAUCUACGCGUUCAUGCCGAAUGUUUCGCAGGCUCAGACGCUGUGGAUGCUGUCCUCAGUUAUUUGAUGCAGAAUGUAGUGUUCUGCACGAGUGAAGUGUCUCGCCUCAAAGCUGCUCGACUGUGCCAGGCUCUGAUGGAGGCCAAAGUGUUCGAGCCAGUGGGAACAAAGCUGUUUCGCAGAGAAAAGGAAGUGACCUUUGAGGACAGCAGCUGCAGCCUCUACCGUUUUCUGGAAUAUAAAGUGUUACCCAAUUCUGCCAUGAAGGAGUGCAAUAGUGACACAGAAAACAUACCUCCUGAGGGACAGGGGCUAAAGAGAAGAAAAGCUACAGGUAUACGGCUGAAUGAAGUGCGUACGAUCUGUAAUCCCCUCGCUGUGGGACCAUCAGAGCGCGGGGUGGAGAGGCUGCUGAGGAACAUCAACCUGCGACCAGCCUUGUCACCAUCUUUAAAGACAACUCACACUACUGCUGCUUUUCUUUCCAAAGCUGUUGUGGGUGAAGUCUGGAAGCAGCAGACACUGCUGCAGCUGCUGCAGAUCGUAGAGCUGCCCAUCCUGGACUGCAUCCUGACCUCUCCUGUCAGAGUUCAGCUGCAGGCCUGCAGAGCUCCUCUGGCCUCACAGGAUCUGGUCAUCUCCAACACCUGCCUGGACCGAGAGCUACCCGACACCCUGCACCUGCCCCAGUUGGACGGGUGGCUGUUGGCAGCAGCAGACAGCUUGGAGCUGUUCCCCGAUCAGCUGAUUGUGGUUGCAGGGGAACAGCUCAGCCGACAAGGUGGCACCUUCUCUGAAGACGACCAGGCGGAGCACAUGUCCAGCCAAAAGAGACUGCUCUUUGACACCAUUGCUAAGUACUAUAGUAGACAGGAGAAAGAUCCGCUCCUCUCAGGACGCCAUCUGGACAUACAUGCUGCAAUUCUAAAAUUGCUGGAUGAGGGCAAGGUGCAGAAUGCCAUAAAAGCAUCUCAGCUGUGUUUUCGGCUGCUGGAAACAAGCGUCAGAGAUGAACUCCGGAGACUACUGACCUUUAUGGCCACAGCAGCGAAACCAAAUGCCUGCCGUCUACAGAAACAGAUUGAUAACAGGGCCUUGGUCUGCCGCACUUUUCAAAGAGCAAUCGUCCAGAAUCUUGAACUGACUCGAUACCAAAGCGAAACCCUGGUGCUGUUUCUCAUGGACAACUGCACUGAGCUCAUCAAGACUCCUACAUCCCUUGUUGAAGCUGUGAGGAGAACACUGAGGACGAUGCAGCAUGGUCAAGAUCCUGACUCAAUUGCCACGUUCACCUUCUGCCAGCAGGUGACGCCAGAGGAGUACGAGGAUCAGCGAGAGGCUACCACGCUGUACAGCCUCAAACAGCUUCUCUGUGAUAUCUCCUCGAACAAAACCAUUUCCGCCAAAGAGAGGAGGAGGCUGCUCAAAGAGUUUGAAAAACAUCACCCCGUGGUCUUCCUCCAACAUAUAUCCAGCACCUUCUAAAAUGCACAGCUGGAGGGUUAUUGGUUUGAAUUCCCAGGUGCACUUCACAACCCUAGUUUGUAGUGGUAGAGCGCUUACACUGAAGAAUGGUAAUACACUAAACAGCAUGUGUACAGAUGUUCCAAAAUCAAAACAAAUGAUGUUGCUAGAGCAAUAACGCUACAUUCCUUUGAUUCACAAGAGGCCGACAAAAGUGGUUUUAUUUGCAGAUAUAGCAUUUAGCACAUUUUUUACCCCACAUUGCUCACAUUCCUAUAGCAGUGGAUGCAUUAUCUAUCUUUUGAACACCCCUCUGAGUCAAAGGCUUAAUUAUAGUUGUGAAUGGUUUGAACAAGUUUAUAAAUAAUCCAAUAUUAGCUCAUCUUUAUCAUCAGGUGCCUUAACAUGGGUAGUCAUUUAUAGCACUUUGCAUUAUGUGUCAAGUAAGUAACCCAUUUUUUAAUUGUAGAUUCAUGAUGCUGAUUUUAUGUUGUAAGUCGAAUAAUGCCUAUUGAGGGCAUUUGCUUUUCUGUGCUGGAUUUUCCUGGUAUUACUGUAGAAUGUAGUAUAUGCAAACUGAAGGGAUUACUGAAAAAAAGGAGCCUUAAGCGUGAUCACACAUCAUCUGUAGCCAGCUGUCUUGAGGCUGCAUGUGUUGAACAGCUUUUGAACUAACUGAUGUACUUCUUGGUCCUGCUGUGGAGACUAUUUUAAAGGGUUAUUGGAAAUGCUUUGGAAAUGGAAGUGUGGUCUGCAGAAUUAUUGCUAUUUACUUUAAUCAAGAAUAACAAUCUUAUGGUAGCCUUUUUUGUCUCCCAGUUUUACUGUAGCAUGCUGUAGUGUUGUUAGGGGGAAAUACUGGAAAUGCAACACUAAUGUAGCUGAAUAAGGUUGAACACUAACUUGUUUUUGUUAGAGAUGAAGAGAGAUCUUUCUUUAAAGAUUUUAAGAAUUAAAACUGAUGAGUGCUAGGGUACAAUAUUGUACCAGGCUAAGGCUAGCUCAGGUUAAUACUUAUGCUAUUGUCAGGGGUUUUAAGAAUACUUUUAGUGCCAUUAUCUUGGAAUUGCAUUUUAAUUGUACAUUUUAGGAAUAUUACUUGAAAUAUGGAAAAUGAUCCUUUUUACUGAAGAUGUGUAAUAAUAAUGACUUAAUAUUAUUUUAAGAUACUAAUUUAAUCUUUGGUAAAGCAUCAGUUGGGUUGCUUUCUUUUAAUAAAUGAAGCCAUGGUCAUGCAUAAGGGAUUUAAAAUCAAAUCUUAUCUCAGUCAGUAUCUUUGGUUCUUUACAUACACUGAAAUCAUGUUGGAUUGCACUUUAUGAUGCUGAAACAAGCUUUAUUUUCUGUUGGAAUGACACAUCUAAUAAAAGUUUAAUUGAAUUUC